AUGUCACUCAACCUGAAAGACUUAACAUUUAAUAACUCAGCAAACUAUAUGCUUGAAAACAGCACCACAACAAAUGGGAAAGGCAGAGCGAAUGGGUCUUCUACUGACUCGGAGUCUUUGAAAAGGUUUUAUCCAUGGAGAAAAAAGGGGCAAAAGAAACUAUACCGAAUGCUGUUUGCUUGUCUUGCAUACACCACAGCCAUCCUUCUCAUCAACGGCUUCCGAGCUAUCAACACCAGUGCAGAAGACGGUGUAACGAGGGUUGUUUCUGGAGAAGAGCUGGUUCUUGAAAGAAAUGAGCGUGCUGUUAACAUAAUUCCAAGCCUCCAUGCCGAGGAAGCGAACACAACCUGCAUAGCUCGUUCAGUGGAUAACUUUCCUGGCAACUUCAUGACGUACAAAGACACCAAGAAUGGCGGUUUUGUCAUCCACAUACUGAUAGGCAUCUACAUGUUCGCUGCCCUAGCCGUGGUCUGUGAUGAUUAUUUUGUGCCAUCACUGGAACACAUUUGUGAAGAUCUUGGUCUUCAAGCAGAUGUUGCUGGUGCCACAUUUAUGGCAGCCGGAAGUUCGGCACCAGAAUUCAUGACGUCAGUUAUUGGUGUGUUUUUCGCCCAGAGCGACGUCGGAGUAGGAACAAUUGUGGGGUCCGCUGUCUUCAACAUCCUCUUCAUUAUCGGCGUCUGCGGGUUGUUUGCUGGCAUGGUGGUAGAACUGACAUGGUACCCACUUAUCCGAGACACGCUGUUCUACCUUAUGUCAGUCAUGGCACUGUUUCUAACAAUCAGAGACAAAUCCGUGGAAUGGUACGAGGCUGUUCUGAUGGUUGUUCUGUACCUCGUAUACAUCGUUCUGAUGUACUUCAAUCGGCCCCUGGAGAAGAAGUCUAGAGCUUUAGUCAAGAAACUGAAAGCCAAACUCGGGCGUCAACCAUUGGUUUCUAAAGAACCAGAUGAAUACGUGAUUCCAGAAAGCAUGAGAAGGGCCAGAGCUCACAGUCGCAUCAGCUACACGCUGUCUGUAUCCAUGUCACGGGAGUACAGUAAAAGCCAAGCUGGCUUGGAGCAGUCUCUCCCUGAAGAGCAUGAGACACCGAUUCUAGAAAACAAUAGUUUGACCAAAGCCACCUCGCUGGAGUUAUCAAAGACUGACCAACUCAUGACGGUUUCCGAGUUCGAAUCUGUUUGGAAGAUUCCUGAGAAUUUUUUCGUACGCAUUAUCUGGGUGGCCAUGUGUCCUCUGCGAGCGCUGCUGUACGUAUCAGUUCCGGACAGUCGGCGGCCUGGCAUUUGGGCUCGUCUCUAUUUGGUGUCCUUCGCGAUGUCUGUUGUGUGGAUCAGCGGUCUCACCUACAUCAUGGUCUGGAUGGUCACUAUCGCAGGUGAUGCUUUGGACAUACCAGAUACAGUGAUGGGUCUGACUUUGCUUGCAGCAGGAACCAGUGUGCCAGAUUGUCUGUCAAGUGUGUUCGUAGCUAGAGAUGGUUACGGGGACAUGGCGGUAUCCAAUAGUUUAGGCAGUAAUGUGUUCGACAUUUUGAUGUGUCUCGGGCUGCCUUGGCUGAUAGAGUGCAUCCGAUCUAACGGCGGCAGCGUAGUAAUCGACAGCGGUGGCCUCACCUACUCGACCCUCACCCUACUGGCUACGGUUAUCUUCUUGCUCAUGUCAAUGGGCAUCAACCACUGGAAACUCACAAAAGCUUACGGGGGCCUCUGUUUGGUUGUUUACGUGUUUGUCAUCACUCUGUCGUGUUUGUUUGAGCUGAAUGUUUUUGAAGACAUCAAUCCCCCAUCUUGUGAUAGACUCUAG